AUGAAGUUUAUCCCGCUGGACAGCUUCAGCGCGCUCAACUCCCUCUUGCAGGGUGUGGAGGCGCAGGGGUGCUGCAUUACAAUGCGCUUAGAGGCCUACACGUGUCGACACACGAAAGAGGAGCGGCAGAUCGCGAAUAACAUCGCCUCCUAUCAAAACAACGUGCAGCUCACGCCACCCAUUAGUCCUUCACCCGCCAUUGGCGCUUACGCCGACUUCCCCCCGCAGGAAGCGCUGCCACCGCUUGUCCUGGGCGGAAGCGCCGACCUGGCCGCGAACUACAGCCUCGUGAACCCCGACGAGAUUGACGAUCGACUGGUGUACUUUGUGGCAGCCCUCAACACGGUGUACGAGAGCGACGGCUAUGACUUUUCGGUGCUGCGGGAGAACGACUUUGUGCGUUACACGGAGCCGCAGUUCCGCACGGAGGUGUCGAACACACUGCAGUCGUUGCCGGAGCAGUGCCACCCGGCAGUUCAGCGCUUCUGGCCGACGAUGGAGGAGGUCGUGGAGAACGCGGAGGGCGGGUGCGAAUACUACGAGUUUUGCUGCCCCUCCUGCGACCCGCUCGCUGACACCGCCGUCUACGCCCGCCACUACUUUGUGUAUAACCGCAGGAAAAAGGUGCUCGUGCUGCUUGUGGAGUACGGCGAGAGUAACCCCUAUCGCGGGGACGACGGACUACCACACGCUGGCGGCCCGACUUCAGCGUGGGACGGGGAGAGCUCCACGUACGCCAGCACCCCUGAAGCAGGUGAGGAAGGGGAGGUGUACGGUGGUGGAAAGAACAGGCAGUUCUACGGGUACUACUAG